AAUACUACAAAACAUACCAUUACCACGUUUUCAUAAAGCUCAUAUUCUACAUAAAGAAUGGGUGAAUCUUUUAAAUUCAAUCGUCAUCACUUCCUCACGUCUCUUCUCGUUAUCAUAGCCAUGCUCAAAUCGGUUUAUACAACUACAACGACAAACACCGAGUUCGUAAAAUCAUCAUGCACUUUUACAACGUACCCAAGACUCUGUUUCUCUUCACUCUCAACUCAUGCCAGUCUCAUCCAAACAAGCCCCAAGAUCAUGGCUCACGCGGCUCUCAACAUAACAUUAGCCUCGGCUAAAGCAACUUCAGCAAUGAUGGUGCGUCUCUCGAAUAGUCGGCUCAAGCCAAGAGAAGUCUUGGCCAUGAGAGACUGCGUCGAGGAGUUAGGUGACACGUUGGAGGAGCUUAGAAAAUCGAUUGGUGAGAUGUGUCGGCUAAGUGGCUCGAACUAUGAGGUCUACAUGAGCGAUAUACAGACUUGGGUCAGUGCGGCUUUGACAGAUGUGAACACAUGUACGGAUGGAUUUGAAGGAGACGAUAUGGACGGGAAGGUUAAGGUUUUGGUUAGAAGAAGAAUUUUGGUUAUUGCUCAUUUAACAAGUAAUGCUUUGGCUUUGAUUAAUCACUUUGCUUCUAUUCAUGGUUAAAAAGAGUUGAGAUUAUUAUUGUUAGUUUGUUUUUAUUGAUUUUGUGUGUAUAAUGUUAAGUAAUGUAUGUGUCUUUAUGAUUCCAGAUCAAUGUGUAACAUAUAGAGUGUUCAUGAAAAUUGAUAUUUUAAGAUUUUCCAACAAAACAUUUAUUUUAUU